CCGGCCCCGCCAGCCGCCCCCCAUGGAGGAGCAGCCCCACCACCACCAUCACCACCACCACUACUACUACUACGGCCACCACCACCACCACCCGCAGAGCGCCUACCUGCCGCCGCCCGACGGCCGAGCCCAGCCCAAGCCGCCGCUCCGCCACGAGCACAAGCACGGCGGCCCACAGCACACGGAGGCGCCGAAGCGGAGACCAGGCUACGGAGAGCUAAAUGGUAACGCAGGAGAAAGAGAAGUGUCACUGAAGGGCCUGUGCUCUGAUGAAGCCACCGCCCCAGGAUCCAGGGUACCCAAUGGCAGCCAGCAGCUCGUAGAUUCUAAUGCCCCCCCAAAGCAGACCGUGAAGGCCGGUGCUUUGGGGAAAGCUGGAAUCAAAACCAAGAACUUCAUUCAGAAAAAUAGCAUGGACAAAAAGAAUGAGAAGUCCUACGAAAAUAAACUUAGAGAAGGCCAGUCCUCGGACAAGCCAGAGGGAGUGUCUAUUCCAAACGGCGUGGUAACCAAUAAUUCCAGCUACAUCACCAAUGGCUACGUAGGCAAAGGGGCCGAUAACGAUGGCAGCGGCUCCGAGAGUGGAUAUACUACGCCUAAAAAACGGAAAGGCAGGCGCAACAGUGCCAAGGGUUGUGAGAACUUGAAUCUAGUACAGGACAAAAUAAUGCAGCAGGAGGUCAGUGCACCAACCUUGAAACAGGAACUUGAGAGCUUCAAGCCUGAUUAUAGUGAACAAAAGGGGAACCGAAUUGAAAAUACUAAGCCCGUUUGGAAAUACGAGGCUGGGGCUGGUGGAGCAGGCCGGGGAAAACCUGGGCUCGGGGAUGUACCCCGGAAAAACUCUGAUGCCAAACCUGGGAUUAGCAGCAAGAAGUUUGAUGACCGGCCCAAAGGGAAGCACGCAUCGUCGGCUACGUCUAAAGAGGACUCAUGGACCUUAUUUAAACCGCCCCCAGUUUUUCCAGUGGACAAUAGCAGUGCUAAAAUUGUUCCCAAAAUCAGUUAUGCAAGUAAAGUCAAAGAAAACCUCAACAAAGCAGCUCAAGCCCCAUCCACUUCGUCGUCUUCGUCAUCUUCGUCAUCUGCCGGGGAAACUCAGGCCCAGACAUCAAGUCGACUGUCCCAGGUGCCCAUGUCUGCUAUGAAAUCUGUCACCUCUGCCAGCUUCUCGAACGGGCCGAUCCUCGCGGGGACCGAUGGAAGUGUGUAUUCCCCAGGGACCCAGCCACUGCUCUCAACUGCUGCUAGUACUGUACCAUCGACCUCCUCCGAGUCAGUAGCCCAGGACAUGAGUACAACUUCUACAGCUCUAGAACAAAAGAAAUCUGGCCUUUUUAUCUACCCUUCAAAUAUGCAAACUGUGCUCCUGGGUGCGGCGCAGGUCGAUUUCCCCUCGCAGGCGAAUCAGCAGAACCUGGGAGAUAUCUUCCAGAAUCAGUGGGGCUUGUCUUUCAUAAACGAGCCCAGCGCUGGACCCGAAACUGUUGUGGGCAAGUCUGCGGAUAAUCAGUUAAUGGAAGUGACAUUUCAAGGGGAAUAUCCUGCCACUUUGGUUUCACAGUGUGCUGAAAUCACUCCCUCAGGAACUGAACAACCUGUGUUUCCUAAGGCUUAUGAGCUGGAUAAACGGACUAGCCCUCAAAUUCUUAGUGCUAUUCUUAAGCCUGGGACUGCUGUUGAGGGUGGUGUCUUAGCUUUGGAGUCGCAUCACACAGGUGACCUACAAAAGGCAGACACCGGUAGCCAAGGUGCUUUAGUGUUUCUUUCAAAAGACUAUGAAGUAGAGAAUCCUCUGGCCUCUCCUACGAACAAUUUGCUAUCCUCCGCCAAAGAACAGAGGUACCAGAGAGGCCUAGAAAGGAAAGAUAGCUGGGGUUCUUUUGACCUGAGGGCUGCUAUUCUAUAUCACACUAAAGAAAUGGAAGCGGUUUGGAAUUUGCAGAAGCAAGAUCCCAAAAGGAUAAUCACUUAUGAUGAAGCCAUGGAUCGCCCGGAUCAAUGAAGGUAGCAAGACAAGACUGCCUGUUAUAACCUUUCUGCAGCAUUUGUGCUGUUCGUGGGGGACAAAAAGGCUUUUAUGCUCCUUCUAAAUCUUCAGUGCAGCAGAGGAACCAUAACUAGAAUCACAGGAUAAUAUAUACAAAUAUAUAUAUAGUUAUUUAAAAAUGGCAACUGAAAGUAAUUAGACUUCAUAAGGAAUCUGAAAAUUUAUUUCAACGAGACUACACACGUGAUUAUUUAAUCUCCGGUACUGAAUAGAUUUUUUUUUUUUUUCAUUUUUGUUUUGUUUUGUUUCUGUUUAAAGAGUGAAAUGCAAGUGAUUAAGGAAUACAGACUCAAUUACAAGCCCGGUUUCAAAGUUCCUGCUGUCGUCUACACGGGCAACAGCAACCCACUGGAGAGGCAUUUCCACUUGACAAGGUUUCUGUUUCUUGUUCUGUGACUGUAGUGACACACUAAUCACAGGGAAAUCAGGAUGAUUCACCAUCCUUCAUCUCCCCUUUCCCUUUCACCUCCCCCAUUUAGUUUCUUUUUUUUUUUUUUUUUCCUGGUUUGUUUUCCAUUGAAUGCUGGAGAAACGCCUUGAAGUUUGCAGAGUUUCUUUUUUUUUUCCAGAGAAUUAUAAUCCGCAUGUUUUGCCAGGAGUAAAGCAGCAAUCCUAUGCGGGGGAUAUUGUCUUAAACAGCUCGUUCUGCUGAGGGAAAGAUGGUAAUACUUCAGUUCUAGGAUGCAUGGUGAAGUCACACAGUUGACCUGGCUCCUGUUACACGUUGGACUAUUGCAACUGAAGAGUUAUUUCAUUUUCAAAGACAACAUGGAAAAAUAAGCAAUCUGUUUAGGCAUUUAAUAUGGAAAAAAAAACCAACAAAAAAAAAAACCCACCCCACUGUUCCCACAGUUUAAUGCCAUUGUAUUACUGGGAGCAAGAAAAAAAAAAAAGACAAAAAAAAAAAAAACGUAUCUUCUGCUUUCAACUGUAGGUGCUUCAUAUUUGCUCUGUCUGUCUCCUAACACUAAAUGUGCUGGAUUUUUUUCCCAUUUUCAAUGGAAAACUGAAGAGGAAUUGAGUUCUGCUAACUUUCAUCCUUCUUGAAUUAUUUUUUUCUCUUAAAAAAAAUAUUUCAAAAUAACAAAAAAAAAGAAAAAAGUUUAAAAAAAAAAAAA